AUGGAGAAGUACGAUCAGAAUUCCGUUGUUGCGAUCAUCGGAGUGGGAUAUGUCGGCGAACAUCUCAUGGAAGUCUUCUCUUCCGCUUACCAGGUUAUUGGGUACGACGUCUCGGCUCCUCGAAUAGAAAGACUGCGCUUGAAGCACUCACGGAGAGACAAUGUCAAAUUCUCAAGCGAUGAGACUGAUUUGAGAGACGCGGCACACUUUCUCGUUUGCGUACCGACCACCCUGGGAUUGAACGGCCAAGUCGACUCCUCACAUGUUCGCAGCGCAAUAGACAUGCUGCAACGCUACGCAACCGACAAGUCGAUAGUGGUCAUAGAGAGUACCGUUGCGGUCGGCAUGACAAGAGCACUGCUUGGGCCGCUGGCCGGAUCGCGCGGCAUUCUUGCCGGGAUGUCACCAGAGAGAAUCGACCCAGGCCGAAUCGAGCCGCCGCCUAAAUCAAUACCAAAGGUUGUCUCGGGGCUCGACGACAUUGCCCCAGGCUCGCUGGACGCCAUUGUACGUCUGUAUGAGACGGUCUUCGAUACUGUGAUCCCUGUCAGCAAACCCGAAGUCGCGGAAAUGUCAAAGUUGUACGAGAACUGCCAAAGGACGAUAGCCAUUGCGUACGCCAACGAGAUGUCAGACGCUUGCCAGGGACUUGGGAUCGACCCGUUCGAAGUGGCGCGCACAGCCGCCAGCAAACCUUUUGGGUACCUGCCCAUGUACCCUUCAUUGGGAAUCGGGGGUCAUUGCAUCCCGGUCAACCCGAUCUACUUCAUGUCGACGUGCAAUCUGCCGCUUCUCCAACAAGCACACGAGAAGAUGAUGUCGCGGCCGUCGCGAAUCGCCAGCCAGCUUCUGGCAACUAUGCUAGACGAGUGCCACAAAAAUCAUGGUUCGACACACCGCCCCAGGCUUCUUGUCGUCGGUGUCGGUUUCAAGCCUGGCCAGUCGGACCUGUCACAUUCGCCUGGCCUGCAGUUGCUCAACUACGUGCGACAGUCGGGAGAGGUAGAUCUCAUGUUUUGCGAUCCUCUGGUGAACCAGGAGGCGAUACCCGAAGUAUCAAGAUUGGAAGAAGGUUCUUGGCAGCCUGACGUCUUGAGGUCGUUUGACGCCAUCGUCGUAGCGGCGAAACAACCUGGCUUAGAUUACACAGUUCUGGAAACCUUGGCAGAUGUGCGGAUUGAAGUCUGGAACCGAUGA